CGGAAGCAGAACCCGCGGCCACCCCGCCUCUUCCUCUGCGCCCGCGGCGCGGCAUGGCGGCGGGACCGGUGGACUGCCACUGCCACCUCGCCGCGCCCUGCUUCCAGGCGGACGUGGCGGAUGUGGUGCGGGCGGCACAGCAGGUGAGGCGCCCGGCAGCGACCCGCGGCCCGCUCCGCCCCGGCCGGGCCUCAGCGGCGCGGGGGUUUCUGUGUGCUGCAGGCGGCGGUGUCGGCCCUUGUCGUGGUGUCGGAGCAGGCGGCGGAGUUCCCGAGCGUCCUGGCGCUGUCGGAGAGUUUCUCUCACGGUACUGAUGCACGUUCCAUGCCUAGAUUCCCGGGGUUUGUUUUCCCGUGCCUGGGAGUUCACCCGGUUCAGGAGGUUUCACCAGAGGAGCAGCGCAGCGUUACACUGAAGGAUCUGGAUGCUGCAUUGCCGCUUAUAGAACUCUACAAAGAUAAACUGGUGGGGAUUGGGGAAGUUGGACUAGAUUUCACUCCCAGAUUUGCCAGCACGGAUGAACAGAAGGAAGGACAAAGACAGGUUUUGAUCAAGCAGACUGAGAUAGCGAGAAGACUGGACUUGCCUUUAAAUGUUCAUUCCCGCUCAGCUGGAAGACCGACCAUUAACCUCUUGAAGGAACAAGGUGCUACCAAGGUGUUGCUCCAUGCCUUUGAUGGAAAGCCAUCUGUUGCAAUGGAAGGGGUGAAAGCUGGAUACUUCUUCUCCAUUCCUCCUUCCAUUAUAAGGAGUGAACAGAAGCAGAAGCUUGUGAAGCUGUUACCACUGGAAAAUAUGUGCUUGGAAACUGACUCUCCUGCUCUGGGGCCUGAAAAACAGGUGAGAAAUGAACCAAAAAAUAUCUACAUUGCUGCAGAAUACAUUGCCAGAAUUAAAGGAAUUCCAGUUGAAGAAGUUAUAGAAGUCACUACACAGAACGCACUGAAAGUAUUCCCCAAACUUCGGAACUUUCCUCAGAUAUAGACUGAGAAACUGAAAUAUAUGAUAUUGCAGAAACUGUUAUUUAUGGUUUAAUUAAUAAAGCCAGUGUCCAUCUUGUUUUAAA